CGCGCUCCUUUUCGGCUCUGGGCCUGUGGAUCGCUGUCGCCAGCAGCUAGGCAAGUCGAACCUGCCUGCGCAUACUUGUUGGUUUUCGCUUUGUACCGAGAACACCCGGGGUUAGUUUUGGACGCAUGAACGGAAAAAUAGAAAAUAAGAGCAAAUAGGAGGUCCUUGUCACUGAACGCAAACAGACCAUGCCUCUUCCAGAAACCAUGUUUUGUGCUCAGCAGAUCAAAAUCCCCCCUGAGCUACCUGAUAUCCUGAAGCAAUUUACCAAAGCUGCUAUUAGGACUCAACCUCGUGAUGUUUUGCAGUGGGCAGCUGCGUAUUUUUCAGCAUUGUCAAAAGGUGAGCCCCUUCCUGUGAAGGAGAGGAUUGAAAUGCCUUUGGCAACAGAGAAAACAGACGCUGGUUUGACCCCAGGACUCCUUAAAAUCUUGCACAAACAGCUCUCUCCCAAAGGCAUGGUGAAUGUUGCAGAACUGAAGGAAAAGUGGAAGCACUUGUGCUUGCCGGAGGAGCAACUGAAAGCUAUCCUGCAGUUGGAUGACUUCGGUGAGGAGGUGGAAUGGAUGAAGGUUCUGGCACUUGGGUGCAGCUUGCUCGGCAGGUCCUUACUGAGUUCAAUGAAACAUGCCUGCGAAAUCUUAACAAGGGACCCAGAAGGUGGAGCAGCUCGCGUUCCCUUCGAAACAUUCUCAUUCCUCUACUCCUAUUUGGCCAGUAUUGAUGGAGAGAUACCAGAGGAGAAAACUGAAGCAUUCCUCCACGGAAUUAAGGAACAAGCCAACCAACAAACUGGCAUGGUGCUGCUCAGAAACUUUCUGACCCAGCCCUCAACACUGUUUUGAUCAAGCCUACUCUUCAGCA